AUGAAGUGUCUCGUAGUUUUCCUCGCCUGCUGUGCACUGGUCAGCUGCCAAAGUGACACCUCCUUGGAGACAGCCAUCAACUUCAUCAAGGACUGCAAAGGAGAUUAUAUUCUCUGUGUCAAGGAGAAACUCCUCAAAAUCGUAGACAAUGUUCGCUCAGCGCGUUCCAUAACCAUCGUAGACGGGGUGACCUUGAGGUCAGACUCCGAGGUCAGGACGCCCAAGAAGCUCGACUCUCUCCCCGUUGACCCCACGGAGAGAGACGCAGAGGUCAACUAUCGUCUCAUGGAUGGGGUCGUCAGUUUGUUCGAGACCCACGCGUUUGAGGUCAAGAUGAAUGAAGCCGAUAAGCAGACGAUACAAAGGUCGCUUGAAGAAGGUCGUGGCAAGAAGAAAGGUGGUGGUAUCGGCGCCAUUAUCGGUCUACUCGGAGCCAAGAUUCUUCUCGGCAAACUCUUCAUCGUCAAACUCAUAGCUCUUAAAGCGAUCGCCACCGCCAAGAUAGCUCUUAUCCUGGCCGUGGUCCUCUUUGUCGCCUACUGCCUCAAACAGGACCACACUAAGACCACAUACGAGGUGGUCCCUCACCCUCAUCAUCAUGAGUCCCACCACCCAGUCCAUAUCGAGCACAGUUCCCAUGACGCCGGCCAUGGAUACUCAGGGUAUGGAUCCGACUGGAACAAGAACUUGGACGAGGCGCAGAACCUAGCGUACGGAGCAUACUCCCCCCACAAGUAG